CCCUCAGCCAGCUAUAGAACGGACGACCAGCCCGAUCAGCGUUCCAAUGCUUUCUGCAUUCCCAGCUGCCAACUUCAGCUGCUGAAGGGGCUGCUGCCACCUUCUGCCGGCUACACAGCUCAGGAAAAGAAAGGGACCUCAACCCUCCCAGGUCCCUUCUCGUAGGAAACGAUCAAGCAGAGGAAUAAAGAUGGCUGCUAUACCAGUAGAAGAUAACUGCAUCAACUUUGUGGGAAUGAAAUUUAUUGACAACACACUCUACUUUAUAGCUGAUGAUGAUGAUGAAAACCUGGAAUCAGACUACUUUGGCAAGCUUGAACAUAAAAUCUCAACCAUACGAAACUUGAACGACCAAGUUCUCUUCAUUAAACAGGGAAAUCAGCCUGUGUUUGAGGAGAUGCCUGAUUCUGACUGUACAGAUAAUGCAUCCCGUACUGAAUUUAGGAUAUACAUGUACAAAGACAGCCUCACUAGAGGUCUGGCAGUGACCAUCUGUGUGAAGUGUCAGACCAUCUCUACUCUCUCCUGCGAGAACAAAACUAUUUCCUUUAAGAAAAUGGAGCCUCCUGAGAGUAUCAAUAAUGAAGAAAAUGACAUCAUAUUCUUUCAGAGAAGUGUUCCAGGACAUGAUGAUAAGAUACAAUUUGAGUCUUCAUUGUACAAAGGGUACUUUCUGGCUUGUGAAAAAGAGAACGAUCUUUUCAAACUCAUUUUGAAAAAAAAGGAUGAAAAUGGGGAUAAGUCCAUAAUGUUCACUGUUCAGAACAAGAGCUAGCCUAAACAUGCAUAAUUUGAACUUUCGAAGUUUUUGUCUUUCAGAAAGGUUGUAAGACUUUGUGCCUAUAAUUGUAAUAAUGAUAUAAAAUGGAUAAUGGUCUUAAAAGAUACCAACCACUAAGAAAUGAACAAUAAGGUUUCACAAAAU